CCCCACCAAGUGGAGGACCAGUUCUUCCGCAUCAAGAUGUGCCAGAACUUCUUGAACGGCAGCUGCAGCAAAAGCCACACCUGCAGCUACGCCCACAGCGAGGAGGAGCUGCGGGAGCCUCCGGCGCUGACCAAAACCAAGAUGUGUGUGCACUGGCAGGCGGGAACUUGCCCAGCUACAGACGGCUCGUGUCUUUUCGCCCACGGCGAGGCAGAGCUGCGCAGCACGAGCGACUAUUACAAAACAAAGUUGUGCAAGUUCUGGGUGCGCGGAGGCGUCUGCCCCGCAGGAGAGAGUUGCCGUCAUGCGCAUGGAGAGCAGGAGUUGAGAAAGCGGAACUACCGACGCACUGA